AACAUAAUAUAUAUUUACUGACACUGAACAGUCCGUAUGCCGUUAGUCCGUAUACCCGUUUCGCUUUGCACCAGUCCAAAAUAAAUAUUUGACUUGAACUUGUAAUUAUAUCAUUCGCUCCAACGUUCUUCUCUGUGUGAAUAGUAUUAAUUUUAUCUUCGAGAAAGCCUUUUCCAAAAUGUCUAACUACGGAACCGUGGAAGUACGCAUUCCUAUUCUGCAGCGCGGUGAAAGCGUGAUUGACCAGUAUGGACAGCGCAGCCAGUUUGACGAUGAGAUGCGCAAGAUGGAAGCGGAAAUGCAGAAGUUGACCGGCGAAAUUUCCGAAGGGAACAAGCGCAUUGCCUCGCGCGUCAUCCAGACCACCAAGACCACCACUACCCGGACCAGCAGCGGUACCGGCUUCGAUAACCAGAACCAACAGUUCGCCAUCCAACCGCAGCCAAUUCAGCAACAGGGCGGCAAUGUUCAGUCGCACACCAGUCAAACGCAUCAGACUUUCACCUCUGGUGGUACGCAAUUUGACCAGCCGCAGGAUUUCAAUACACAAGGCGCUAACGUUAUUGAAUCUCGUCGCACUGUGACCACUCACAAGACGGUAACCCAUUCAGGCAGUGGCCAGAAUCUGCUGCAGAAUGUCAACCAGCCGCCACAACCACAGGCCGUGCAAUGGGCAUCGCCAGCCGGCAGCAAUGUGCAGGAGAGCCGCUCCCAUCACACCACGACAAGCACCUCCCACACCGGUGGCCAGCAGCAAUUCCAAACCCAGCCGCAACCCAUCCAGUGGGGCGCUCCAGCCGGUAGCCAGCAGUCCAACGCUCAAGAAACACGCUCUUUUCAUAGCAGCACGACAACCAGCCACACCGGCCAGCAGCAGCAUCACCAGCAGCAGAACCAGAACACCGGCCAAAUGGUGCAGUUUGAUCAGCAGAACAACCAGGAACUGCAGUCAUGGCUGAGCAAUCUCAACAGUCCUCUUAUCUCCAAUCAUCAGGAUAUCUCGGGACAGGAUGGCAAGUGCUUGAAGCUGCGAUUCGAUGUCAGUCAGUACCGACCGGAUGAGGUCAGCGUUAAGAUGGUGGACGGGAAGCUGCGCAUCCAUGCCAAACAUGAGGAGAAAACCGAAAACAAAUCCUCGUACCGGGAGUUCAAUAAGGAGUUCUCCUUGCCUAUCGGUACCAACCCGGAACUGAUUAAAUCGUCGCUGUCGAAAGACGGUAUCUUGACGGUGGAGGCGCCUUUCCCCGGACAACUGACGGGACAGCAGUACCUGCCUCUGACCAACUACUAAAUAAUAUUAUAACUUUCUUUCGCUUCGAAUUAAAUAAAAAAUGUUCUGGAAUAAUUAAUAAUUAUGGGUUUAUUACAUUUGUUUCCUCUGCUCGCUUGCCUCAGUCAGUAACGUACCUGAUUAUUUACGUUAAACUUGUACCGAUUGUUUUCAUUAGAAGGUUGCUCUUUUCAACAGCAACCGCAUUUCGUGCAGCAAAGCGAUAAGUUUUUCAUACACAAAAAAUUUUGGAAUACUGA